AGAGAGAGAGCCCACGAGUCUAACACAGGGAUCAAGGGGUCGUCGAGGAGAAAUGUUCUACAGAGGUUUAAACUGGAACCUUUCACUGAAAUAUAUGCAGAAAGCGCAACUCACAAGUUAGCAUCAAUCCUUUCGUCUCCAUUCUCGAAUUCUUUUGUCGUUUAUUUUUGGGUUGAGAGCACCUUCUCUGGGUGUUUUACUAUUUUUUUUUUUCAGAAAUGGAUAUGCAUAGCUGGAGCUAUAAUUUAUGUUUUUAAUUACCACACUCGGAAUCUGUUUAUUGUUUUUCUGCUUUCUAGGGUUUAGCUUGUUUUUUAUAUUUUCAAAUCAAAGAUGCCAAUAGAAAAAUGCAAGAAGAUGCAACAUUUGAAAUCACUGUAUUCUUGAGUGGGUAUUUUGCAAGUGGAGUAUUGACGAGUGGGCUGUUGUGUCUCUUGCCUCUGUGCACCUGGGGAGUGAAGGAAGUACUUUGAUGGUGGUGAUGGACGAGAAAUGGGUCCAAAACGGCAGCGAAUAAUUGAUCAGCCGUCAUCAUUCUAUGGGGCAUCCCCCGGUUCGAGUUAUAUGUACAAUGCUUCUUCCUAUGCUUAUGCUAGCCAACCCCCACCAUUUCCUGUUGUCCGAUUGCGUGGACUUCCCUUUGAUUGCACGGAAGCUGAUGUGGCAGAGUUCCUUCAUGGUCUAGACAUUGUCGAUGUCCUCUUUGUCCACAAAAAUGGCAGGUUCACUGGGGAGGUUUUUUGUGUGUUGGGAUAUCCUCUUCAAGUUGAUUUUGCAAUUCAGAGGAAUAGGCAGAACAUGGGCAGGCGGUACAUUGAGGUUUUCAGGAGUAAGAGGCAAGAAUACUACAAGGCUAUAGCAAAUGAAGUUUCAGAUGCUCGUGGUGGUUCACCUCAUCGGGGUGGUGCAAAGGCAAGAUCCUACGAUGCUGGGAAGGAUUCGGCUGAGCAUACAGGGGUCUUGCGAUUGAGGGGAUUGCCAUUUUCAGCUGGCAAGGAUGACGUGAUAGAGUUCUUUAAAGAUUUCAUGCUGACGGAAGAUUCUGUUCAUAUCACAAUGAAUUUGGAUGGAAGGCCAACAGGAGAAGCAUUUGUGGAGUUUCCCAGCGCAGAGGAUUCAAAAGCAGCAAUGGCAAAGGAUAGGAUGACGCUUGGGAGUCGUUAUAUAGAGCUAUUUCCUUCAUCACAUGAGGAGUUGGAUGAAGCAGUUUCAAAGGGACGGUGAUGUGUUAUUAUGAUUAUUGUAGUAGUGUAAAGUAUUGUUCUCUGACUGUAUCGUAGUUUGAGUUUUAUUUUACUAGGUUUCUUUUAAUUUAGAAUAAAUAAACUUCCCAUUUCUUGUUCUCAUGGAGAUGAAUUUUAUGGUUUAAAGCAAAACAUUAAGGUAAGAUAAAUGCAAAUUUGACUUGGAUUAUGUUUCUA